AUGACCAGAGGCGAGAUUGUGCAUCUGCACAUUGGCCAGGCAGGAACGCAACUCGGGAAUAGUGCCUGGGAACUCUACCUCCUCGAGCACGGUCUCGGGAAAGAUGGCCGUCCCGACCCGGCCGCCAAAGCCCUCCACGACUCCGGCGAGCUGGACACGGUCUUUACGGAGACAGGGAACGGCAAGUAUGUCCCCCGCUCCAUCUUCGUCGACUUGGACCCAAGCCCCAUCGAUGAGAUCCGGACGGGCGACUAUAGACAGCUUUUCCACCCGGAGCUGCUCAUUUCUGGGAAGGAGGACGCGGCGAACAACUAUGCGAGAGGCCAUUAUACCAUUGGAAAGGAGUUGCUAGAGGGGACUUUGGAUAAGAUCCGGAGGGUUUUGGACAGCUGUUCCUCCCUCCAAGGCUUUCUAAUCUUCCACUCCUUCGGCGGUGGAACCGGAUCUGGAUUCGGCUCUCUUCUCCUCGAGCGCCUCUCAGCAGACUACUCUAAAAAGUGCAAACUUGAAUUCGCCGUCUAUCCCGCCCCCCGGGUCUCCACCGCUGUCGUAGAGCCCUACAACGCAGUCCUCAGCACUCAUUCUACCAUUGAGAACUCCGACUGCACCUUCCUCGUUGACAACGAAGCUGUCUAUGAUAUCUGCCGCCGUAAUCUUGAAGUCGCCCGUCCUUCUUUCGAGCAUCUCAAUCGAUUGAUCGCGCAAGUCGUGAGCUCAAUCACGAGCUCGCUUAGAUUCGACGGUGCGCUGAACGUCGAUUUGAACGAGUUCCAGACGAACCUCGUGCCGUACCCAAGAAUCCACUACCCGCUGAUUAGUUAUGCGCCGGUGAUAUCGGCACAGAGGAGUAGCCACGAGGCUUUCAAGACGCACGAGCUGACUCUGCAAUGUUUCGAGCCCAACAACCAGAUGGUAGUCUGCGACCCGCGCAACGGUAAGUACAUGGCGGUGGCCCUCCUCUACAGGGGCGACGUGGUACCCCGCGACUGUAACGCCGCCAUCGCUUCCCUCAAAGCUAAGCAGUCCUUCAACCUGGUCGAGUGGUGUCCCACCGGCUUCAAGAUCGGCAUCAAUUACCAGAAGCCCGUCUCGGUGCCUUCGUCCUCGCCCAACGACGGCGCCCUGGCCUCCGUAGACCGCUCCGUCUCCAUGCUGAGUAACACGACGGCCAUCGCGGAGGCGUGGAGCAGGCUGGACCACAAGUUCGAUCUUAUGUAUAGCAAGCGCGCCUUUGUUCAUUGGUACGUUGGGGAGGGUAUGGAAGAGGGCGAGUUCAGCGAGGCGAGGGAGGAUCUGGCGGCCCUGGAGAAGGACUAUGAGGAGGUUGCUGCGGAUGGGGUUGAUGGAGAUAUGGGCGAGGAGGAAUACUAG